AUGGAAAAAUCAGCGAAUGCGGAAAUUCAAGAAGUGAUAAUAAAUGUGAAAAGUGAAAGGGAAGCAAACAGUCCAAGUGGAAAUGAAAGUCAAAAUGAAGAAGUUGAUGGAGAAGCAAAUGCUUCAAUCGGAAAUGGACAUCAAAACAGGGAGCUGGUAAAGGACAUCACACAAAUGCUCGAAAGCUCAGAGCCUCCCUUAUCACCUAAAUGUUGUAUCUACAGGGUCCCACUUGAUCUUCGCAACUUGAACGAAGAAGCUUAUACUCCUAAGGUUAUAUCAAUAGGGCCUUUUCACCAUGGUGUUGAAAGAUUGGAAGCCAUGGAAAAGCGUAAAGUGAGAUAUUUCAAGAUAUUUGUGGAAAAGGCUAAGCUAAACGUGGAGAAUUUAGUAAGCAUUAUAAGGGAUAGGGAAAAAGAUGUUCGUAGUUGUUAUUCAGAGAUUAGCAACCUUAGCACCGAUGAUUAUGUGAAAAUGAUCUUGUUGGAUGCGAGCUUCAUUAUUGUGUUUUUGCUGAAACGCGGGCAUGAAGAAUGGGCGGAUUGCGACAACUCUACAACAUUUACAGAACGGUUGAUGAUUGCUAUAUUUAAUGACAUAUGGUUACUUGAAAAUCAACUUCCUUUAUUUCUUAUUGAGGAAUUAUACAGCCUUGCAUUUCCAUCUCCCUCAAACUACCCUCUUUUCACUCAGCUUGCCAUUCAAUUAUGUGAAGAGUUGGUAACAGACUUUUUUUCGCCUCUAAAUGAACACCAUUUGUCUUCUUAUUCCAAUUUCCACUUCCUUGAUUUAGCAAGAACCAUUUCUUUGUCUCAAUCAAAAAGGCUACAAAAAAGAAGUAUUGGCAACAAAUUUUUGCGUACGUACAAUGCAAGUCAAUUGGUCGAUGCAGGAGUGAAGUUCAAGGUGGUCUCAAGUGAAUGCUUAUUUGACAUAGAAUUCACAAACGGAGUGCUAAAAAUACCAUGCUUAACAUUAUACAUUCAAACAGAGUCUUUAUUUCGUAACCUCGUAGCCUUGGAGCAAUGUCACUAUCAGUUUGAUCGUUAUGUUACCGAUUAUGUUUACAUAUUGGAUUUCCUUAUCGAUACUAACAAAGAUGUGGAUUUACUUGUGGAAAAGGGGAUCCUGGUUAAUACUUUAGGCGACAGCAAUGCAGCUACAACUUUGGUCAACAAGCUCAGCCAACAUACUUAUUUUAUAGUAAUGAACUCCGAUUAUUGUCGUCUUUGUGAAAAUUUGAAUACAUUCUAUAGUGUUCCUUGCCAUAAGUGGAAGGCUAUCUUGAGACGUGAUUAUUUUAGUACUCCUUGGAGAAUUGCUUCUACUGUAGCUGCUAUUAUCUUGCUAGUACUCACUUUCAUACAGACUGUACGCUCAUUCUACUGA